UUAAUGACUGUCGGUCCAUCCCUCUCCCCAGAGAAUGGAGGGGUAGGCUGGAAGAUUUGGCUGCCCAGAAAAAGACUCCCCCGGACGUUUCGUGACUCUGGAGAGGGCGGACGAAAAGAAAGAAGAAAAAUAAUAAUACCAAACUCCAAAUAAGAUCCCUCCUCACACAUAUACACACUUUCAUGCUCGCGGCACGCACUUCUGUUUUAAUUUCCCCGCCCUUCUUGUCACCCCGCCCUCUCGUCUGUUAUAUUGUUCAUUCAAUAUAAACGUGAUAUUCUUCGAUAUUGCCCCUGGGUGCGAGGACCCAGCAUUCGUACUUCUCCAAUCGAGUUCGGCUUCAGCAUUAACAGCUGCUCCGCACCGAGUACACAUUACAUUACCACUUCUGGCCUGAAUGCAUGCCAAGGCGACGACCUCGAGUUAGCACACAACAAGACGAAGGUCCUUCUUGUACGAUUGCCGACCUCUGAUAAAUUGCUGUCGGACCAUCAGAAUCCCUUGAGCCCUUUCGGCCUAGUCGUCCCUGGGGUUCUGAGCCAGACAAGGUCUAGAUAAACCGAGGUGAAUCUUUGAUACACACGGCUUGCGAAAGAGCCGCGUUGGGCAUUUCGGAGCAUUUUAGACCACUCGUUCAUUGUCCUUAGACAGUCAAGUCAGAAGAGGGCAAAUCAUAAAAAAAAGGUACAGUGCCUACGCAGCAGAUAGCGAGCAAUUCAGCCUCUCCGAGGCUUCGAUACCGUCCGAAUUCAUCAGAGGGACGCCUUGGAAGUUACUUCUUCCACAUACCCCCGGGUUUCCAUCGCAUACAAGUGGAACAAGGAGCUUGCAGAACCCGGAGAGCGCGCGCCUCUUGUCUCUCUGCUCAACCACCGGCCCUCGAAAAGCUCAAUGCUUCUGUUCGGAAGUUAGGAGUUUCCAGAUCUUCACUCAUCGGAUCCGUGCCCUCCAGAGUCGCCAGGACUUUCUUCCGUCCCCCGUGGGCUCUCCCGAGAACGGUGAACAAAGACGAACCUUAAGCGAGCUACUUGCCAGCAAGGGACAUUCUAGACGGAUCCACAAUGUUGUCUAAUCCUCUCCAUCGGUUUUCAGGCUAUCAUGCCAUGCCUUCCAACACACUCAUGUCCAACGGCCAUAUGUCUCAAGGGCACCUACACAACAACGGGCUCGACGGCCUUGGUCAGAGCUCCCAUUAUGCUCUCCAACAACUUCAACAACAUGUCGGGGUGCAUAACCCCCACCUCGCCCGAGCCGCGCCGCACAUGAAGCAUCACCGCCAGCACCCAUAUGGACCUGCCGUACGAACAGCAGGAAUAGCCGGACCGAUUCGUAGGCGAAUUAGCAGGGCCUGUGACCAGUGCAACCAGCUGCGGACCAAGUGCGAUGGCAACCACCCUUGCGCGCACUGCAUUGAAUUCGGACUCGGGUGCGAAUACAUUCGCGAGAGAAAGAAGCGGGGGAAGGCGUCGAGAAAAGACCUAGCUCAACAAGCUGCCGCGCAAGCUGCGACGACGGGAUCAUCCAGUGGACAAAAGUCACCGACACAUAGCGCAAACACCACAAAGAAGGACGAUCAAAAGGUCGACGGCGGCAGCAGCACCGGCAACGCCCCCAACAGUGAGCAGCACAGCCCCGACGAUAAAGAUCUCGACAAUGAUGCUAUGCAGAGGAGCCAGCGUAUGGGCAGCAUGGAUAGCCUCGACGAGAUGGAUCACCAAGGACAUAUCAGUGGACACCACCACCAACAGGCGGCUCUCGACAGAGAGCAUCAUACCAUGAGCAACCCCAGCGCCCUCGACCCCAACAGCUACGGCGGUGUACAUAACGGAUAUGAGCGGCAGGGCGGUAUGGGUACUGCGACAUCUCACAUCAUGGGUGGUGCGGCCCAUGGAGGCUAUGGGAGUCAGGGCGGCAUGUCAAGCUACCCGGAGCUUCCAUAUCUGCAAACGCAAAGCCCAACGGGCUACUCGGGUGGCGGAGCCUCAUAUCGCAUUGGCACCAGCCCCUUGAGCGCUUACCCACUCUCUGGAGAGACGGCGUCGCCCGGUUGGGGACUCCCAAUACCCUCACCUCCCGCUUCGCACGGCCAGUACCACUCGCAGCACAUGCAACAGCAAAGCAGUGCCAGCUACGGAGCCGGUACCUCUGGAGGCCUCGCGUCUGGCCACCCGCAGCACCUACGAUAUCCUGUCCUCGAUCCUCUCGUACCACACCUGGGGAACAUUAUUCCGCUUUCCUUGGCAUGUGACCUGAUCGACCUCUACUUUGCGAGUUCAUCCUCGGCGCAGGUGCACCCAAUGUCUCCCUACGUCCUGGGUUUCGUGCUCCGCAAGAGGUCGUUUCUGCACCCGAGCAAGCCUCGACUGUGCCAGCCAGCGCUUCUUGCCAGCAUCCUCUGGGUUGCUGCACAAACCAGCGAUGCUCCAUUUUUGACCAGCGUACCUUCUGCUCGCGGCAAGAUAUGCCAGAAGCUCCUUGAGCUGACUGUGAGCUUGCUGAAGCCGCUUAUUCACACCCCAUCGGGUGACGUUUCUCCCGUUUCCAGCCCCGUGAUUGACGGUGCUGCCCUGGGGGGUCUUGGUGUUGCGAUGCCAGGAUCCAUCAGCAUGGAGGCGUUGUCAGGAGAGACGGGAGCUUUUGGUGCUGCUGGUACCCUAGAUGACGUCGUGACCUACAUUCACCUGGCGACUGUUGUAUCUGCGAGCGAAUACAAGGGCGCCAGCCUAAGGUGGUGGAACGCUGCUUGGUCGCUCGCAAGGGAGCUCAAACUGGGCCGCGAACUUCCACAAAACGCACCCUCGGCCAUGUCUGACACGGCCGGCAACGAGCGCAACGAUAACGAUGACACUACAGAAGCGCUCGGUGGAGGACCCAAUGUCAUCACGGACGAGGAACGAGAGGAGCGGCGGCGGAUCUGGUGGCUGGUCUAUAUUGUCGAUCGUCACCUCGCGCUUUGCUACAACCGACCUCUCUUCCUUCUCGAUAUUGAGUGCGACGGACUUUUGCAGCCUCUGGACGACACGGCUUACCAAAACGGCGAGUUUAGGCCUCACCAAGUAGUUACAGACCCGGAUAUGCUAGGUGAAGACCGGCGCAGCAGCCAGAAGAGCGAGACGGCGCUCAUCCGAGGCCCAUCGUUUGAAUGUACCGGGCAUGGGAUAUUCGGCUACUUCCUCCCGCUCAUGACCAUACUCGGCGAGAUUGUCGACCUGAACCACGCCCGAAACCACCCGCGAUUCGGCAUCAACUUCCGCUCUCACAGCGAAUGGGACGAGCAGACUUCCGAGAUCGCCCGCCACCUAGAGCUGUACGAGCAGAGCCUGCGGCGCUUUGAGCAGCAGCACCUCAGCGCCGCGGCGCAAGCACAAGCACAAGCCGCCGAUGCCGCCAAGGCUGCCGCCGCCGCGCAGGCCCAGGCACAUGCGCAAGCGCAAGCGCAGCAGACCAGCAGCGACGACUCGGCCAUCUCGGCCGACAACAUCAGCGUCACCGACGUCGGCACGCCGUCCGCGCUGUCGGUCCACAGCGUCGCCCACAGCGCCCACACCACCUCGUCGUCGCGGCUGACCGAGUCGGACGUCCAGACGCGCAUCGUCCUGGCGUACGGCACGCACGUCAUGAACGUCCUGCACAUACUCCUGACGGGCAAGUGGGAUCCCAUCAACCUCCUCGACGACAAUGACCUCUGGAUCAGCUCCCAGGGCUUCAUAACCGCCACGGGCCACGCCGUCGACGCCGCCGAGGCCAUCGGCAGCAUCCUCGAGUUCGACCCGGGCUUGGAGUUUAUGCCCUUCUUUUUCGGCAUCUACCUGCUCCAGGGCUCGUUCCUCCUCUUGUUGAUCGCGGACAAGCUGCAGAGCGAGGCCAGCCCCAGCGUGGUCAAGGCAUGCGAGACCAUCAUCCGUGCCCACGAGGCAUGCGUCGUGACUCUCAACACUGAAUACCAGCGCAAUUUCAGCAAGGUCAUGCGAAGUGCCUUGGCCCAAGUCCGCGGUCGCGUCCCUGAGGAUCUCGGCGAGCAGCACCAGCGCCGCAGGGAGCUUCUGGCCCUCUACAGGUGGACCGGCGACGGGACCGGGCUGGCGUUAUAAGGCACAACCUUAUUGUCACUCUAUCCUGAUGCUUUGGCUUUUUUUUUCUUUCUUUCUGGUAAAACAUUUUGUGGUGCGAUUCUGGGUAAAUAUGAUUUUUAUAAGGUGUUGAUGGAGCUUCAUUGUAUGGGAGGCAUUUUAUUUGGACUUGAAACCAUUAUUUUGAUUUACUUGGGAGGAUGGACUUUGCCGGUUCUUUUUCGGGGUUUGUGGACGGGGAAAUAGUAAAAACAAUUUUUUCAAGUUGGACUAACAGUACAACCUUUACUCUUUUCUUUUCCCUCUUUUCUUUUCUUGUCAAUGCCUACCGUAAAUACCAUUCCGGAUGAUUUAAAGAAACAGGGCAUCGAGAAGUGGAGGUUAAAUGCGAAACACAAGCCGGAUGUGAGCCAGCAGUUGGGCAGCGAUAAUCAUAAUAAAAGAUCUUCCCAAGCCUC